AUGCAGGUCGGUGACGGUUCUCCAGUGUCUCCAAUGGGCGAUGCAAAGCCUUUGAGAAGUCUGCGUAAGAGCAGUCGAAUUCAUGAGACGCGGUCUGCUCCUACUUCUAACCCUACUGCGGAGGGAAGCAACAAAGAAGAGCAGCCGAUAUCCCCUGCUUUGUCUUCGCCCCGGACUACGAGAAAAAGAAUCGCUUCACUUAUUGAGGUUCAUGAGAGAGAAGACUGCAACAGUCCGAUCGACGAUAUGCCUCCUCCAAGCGCUACUUCUGCAACUGCAGUAGGGUCUCCAGACUUUUCGGGUCACGUGUGUCUUUGCCAACCGGAGCCAAAAAUACCACGGCCACGAAAUGCAUUCAUCCUUUAUCGACAGCAUCACCAGCAGGCCAUUACCGCUCGCAAUCCUGAUCUCAACAAUCCCGACAUCUCCAAGAUUAUCGGUGAACAAUGGAAAGCUGAAGGUGAAGAGCAGAAGAAGGUUUGGCAAGAUCUUGCGCAGGAAGAGAAAGCUAGGCAUCAGGAGCAGUACCCUGACUACCGCUACCAACCGCGUCGUGUUGGCAAGCCGGGAUCAUCUCCGUUGAACCCUACUGGUCAGCAUACUACAAUCGACAAGUAUCGCUGCCACAAAUGUGGUGGUCGUAGUCUCAGAACACCCGCCAGUCCUUUUCUUGAUGCCUCUGGCACACCAACUCUGCCGCCUCCCAAUAUAUCGGAAGGUCUCACACCAACAACCCGCUAUUUACCUGUGGUGGGUAACCUCAGCAUACAAUCACCAGUUAUGCGCCGCCCCAGCAACCUUCAAGUAACUUCAGCGAUGCAUACGGACUCGAUAAUGUAUAGCCCUCUAACACCGAACAAGAAGCGUCGGUUCGACUAUGGACCGCCUCCGCCAACGAGUAACGGUCGCAGAGCGGAAGGACCGUACUAUGCCCCAACUCAGUAUGCUCACCGACGUGAGUCAUUCCCGCCUAUUCAUGUGCCGCCUCAUAGUGCGACCAUGCCUCCUCCACGAACUCCUCGUGAGUUGCAACGGAAUUCAAUGGUUGAGUUGGGUCCUCUACAACAUGAAGGUAGCCCAAGAAGCGUAGAAGAAGUGCUCAAUGCAUUCCCAUAUUCCAACAAGAUUAAAUUGCUUGGACGCAUAACGCCUCCGUACAAAGAACCGGGCUCCGCAAGCCCAUCGUGUCGGACCAAUCGCGGCGCCAUCAUCGCCAUCGAAGGUGACGAGAUAGCUGCAGUCAAGGAACUCUCAGAGUGGUUGAACGAGUACCUCAUUAAGCAGAAAGAGUACAAACCGCAGAUAGCCGAGCCACCUCAGGCUCCCAAUGACGAUAACAAAGAAGUCACCUUUGAGAACUAUCUCAACCUAAUUAAGGAGUGGCAUGGCAAAAGCAAGGAGAUGAUCAAGUACAUCGUUACGCCCAUCUCAUCCACACCCUCUUCCCCAAAAGACACCAUCGCGUCCUCAAACCCAUCCACCAUUGCCGUCACAUCAUCCACUCCAUCCCGGAAGGACUCGACCACACCGCCCGACUCUCCCCUAAUGUCAACAAGCAUAAAGCCCGUCAUCAUCCUCCCUACCUUUCAACUUCAAGCCUCGAUCGCAUACGCAUCCCGCAUCCCCAUCCAAGACGCUUACAGCCCGACAGACCACUGGCAGUGGAUGGCGACGCUUUGGCGGGGAACGGUAGGACCGGAUUUGACGCUUUAUGUGAGAGGUUACGAUCCGAAGGAGGGGCAGGUGAGAGCUAAACCUGAGAUGGAUGAUGGGGUUCGGUGUUUAACUGUGUGGAAGAGUAGGGAGGCUGGGGCGAAGUUUGCGGAGGCGGAUCUAAGGAGGGUGGGGUUCGAGGUUGGGGAGUGGAUUAAGGGUUGA